AUGUCUAGGCAACUUACGUCUACCAACGAUUUACACUUAGGUCCCUGUAUUGGACCUCAAAACUCCGCCGCUGCUGCCAUCCUCAACUUAACGACUCCAGGAGUUGAACCCACAAGAGUAAUUGAUGUACGGGAAAUCUAUCCCGAUCUUGAGGGCAUCCCUAUCAAGGCAAAAACCGUUCAGAACCCCACGUUCGAGACCACUUUCAGUACUCUCAAACUGGUGGGCAGUCCAACUGCAAGCCAUGAAAAUGCUUUGAGAAACCAUGCAAAUAAGGAGCGGAAAGUCGGUUUGACAAUCUCGGAGAAGUCCGACAUUGACUGCCGUCGAUACGGCAAUGUUUCUCUACCUGGGGCCGAAGAUCAGUCAAAAAGGGCCCCAGCUACAGAUGAGUCCUAUCAUUUGAUCAUGCACGCUGGACAUACACCUCGCCAUUCUUUGUCUUCGUUCCCAGCAAUGGCUGCUGCGGAAAUCAACAGAGUCAGUGCCUGCAACCGAGGCAGCAGACCUGCAGCCUUUGCGUCGUCCGCAUUGGAGCAUAAACACGGGGACACGAGUUCAAAUUGCCACUAUAGCCGCAAGGCUCAUGUUAGGGCUGGAGAACAGGUCUUUCUGGAAGACUUAAACUUUGCUGGGCAUCCGGGGCCAGCCGAUGAUGCGCCAGUCCAGCGAUCACCUACGAUUGAGAACCUCCCUGAGCAGGAUGAAAUAUUCUGGGCGGAAUUGAGUCAAAGGCUGGAACGCAUCAGUCUUGGGGAGCAGCCGCUGCCCAAGGUAUUGCUGUCACUUGCAUUUGAACUGUCAGAAACAUCUUGGUAUGAUUUCGGUGGCGUCUCGUCUCUUGUUCCUGAAUCCUGCAACAAUGAGGGUGGCAUAACAGCACCAGGGAAUAUUUGCCUACCUUGA